AUGGCAAAUAUUAUAAAGUCUUUUUGGAUGUCAUUAACGUCAAUCUUCCUUUCAGAAUUAGGAGACAAGACCUUUUUUAUCUCAGCAAUUUUGUCAAUGAACAAUUCUGCAUGGAUAAUUUUUGCAGGUAGUAUGUUUGCACUAGCUGCAAUGACUUUAUUUGCAUGUUUAAUAGGUUUCAUAUUACCAAAUUUAUUCACUCCAAAAUAUACUCACUAUGCAUCUUGUGUAUUAUUCUUCGUAUUUGGAUUAAAAAGUCUUUAUGAUGGAUUAUUUGUAAUUGAGGGUGGAAAUGCGAAUAAUGAAUUUUUAGAAGUUAAGGCUGAGUUGGAUAAGUCAAAGAAGAAGGGAAGCUCAAUCACUGCAGAUGAUAAGAUAGAAGCUCUUGAUAUGGGGAAUAUGCUAUUUAAAGAUGUUGAGCUUUGUAAUAACCGAAGCAAUGAAGAGAAUUCAAAUUUCUCAAGUAGUGAAUUUCGAAUGGAUAAAUGCAUUAAAAAUAAUGGAAUUCUCCGUAUUAUGAAAAACAAAUUUUUCAUUCAAGCAUUUACACUUACGGCUUUGGCUGAAUGGGGAGAUAGAUCCCAAGUUGCCACAAUUCUCUUAUCAGCAUACAACGAUCCAUUUUCAGUGUUUCUUGGAUCAAUGAUUGGUCACUCAAUCUGUACAGGUUUAGCCUGUUACGGAGGUAAAUAUCUUAGUAAAUUCAUUUCCCCCAGGAUGGUUACAAUUUCAGGAGGAAUUCUGUUUCUAGCAUUUGCUCUUGCAGGCCUUAUAAUGGGGCCAUGA